AUGGGACCGAAAAUCCUUUGCCUGGCGGUCGUCUGCGUAUUUCUCGUGCACAGUGUGCUUGCACAGUCUAAUAAAAAUGUUUCUGCUACUAAACCAGUAAAAGGAUUUAAAGAUGAAUUAUUUAUUGAUGAUGAAUCUGAUAAUGCAGAUGAUGGUAAUAACGAUAAACUCGAACCUGAUGAUAUGAUGCUAGGUGAAGAAGGUAGUGGUAUGGCCCCAUCAAAAGGAACUGGGGCUGAAGACAUGGAAUCUAGUGGUUCCGGUUAUGGGCCUGAUGAUGAGGAUGCACAAGUUGUUGGUAAAAACAAAGGUAAAGCAGGAGUUGAUUCUGAGGAAGAUGAAGACGAUAUGGAUGAAGGCGAUGAUGAAGAUGAAGAUGACAGUGAAGAUUUUGAUACAGAAAAGUCACAAAAGGUGUUUACUCCUGUAACUACUGCAUCAACUACGACUACAACAGUUAAGAGUCUCGAUGAAGAAUCUAAUUUCCCCGAAGAGCCUAAACAAAACAUUGAUGAUGUCAAUCUGGCACCUAGUGUACCUAGUGUACCUGAAGUACCUCAGACUACAUCUACAUCUACUCUUCCACCACCUCCUUCCAACGCUAUUGAUGAACAUUCUAGCAGUAAUGGAGUCUAUAUAAGUCCAAACAGUCAUCCUGAGCGAACAUCUUCAUUUUUCGCACAACCUGGCAUACUUGCAGCUGUUAUUGGAGGUGCCGUUGUGGGAUUGUUAUGCGCAAUUCUAGUGGUCAUGUUCAUUGUAUACAGGAUGCGUAAAAAGGACGAGGGUUCUUAUCCCUUAGAAGAAACUAAACGUUCACCAGCUACAAAUCCAUACCUAAAAUCUUCACAUCGCGAAUUUUAUGCAUGA